GUGGCCCCAGUGCCCUUCGCAGACGCGCGCUAGGACGCCGGCCAGUUUCCAGAGCGCCCCGGGGGUAGGGGCGAGCGUGCCCCGCGGGCAGAACUCUGGGCCCGCGGGACCCCGCGUUCCUGGCUCUGUCCUCUGGGCGCGUUCAAAGCCGGGGUCCAGUCUGCACUUGGCCUCGGCGUCAGGCUGCGGCGGCAGGCGGGGCGGCGGCAGGACCUUUCCGGACCUUUCUUGCGGGGAGCCCCGCUCUCCCCGCCUCCAGCGUCCGCCCCGGGGCCGGGCAGGCGGGCGGGCGGGCGGGGCCCCAGCCGCGGCGCCCAGCCCGGGCAGGGAGCCGCCGCUUUUGCUGCGCCGACACUGUGGCCGGAAGCUCCGCUCGCCCCUGGAUUCUUCACUGCUCAGUGGGGAUAAUCAUGUCUUCCCGUGUGUUUAGAGUACCCAGCACUGUACCUGACACAGAGAUGUGAAUGGUUACAUUCGUUAGAACUUGUGUGUCUUCCUCACUGGACUACAAGUUUAUGGCCAUCACCAUUGGUAUCACCAGUCCUGGUACAUGGAAGCCUGAAGAUGACCCCAUUGGCCACUGCGGUGUCUGGCCCCCGGGCCCGGCUCUUUGCCUGCUUCCUCAGGCUGGGUACUCAGCAGGCUGGCCCACUUCGGCUGCACACAGGGGCCAGCCUUGCAGCCAAGAACCACUAUGAAGUGCUGGUACUGGGUGGGGGCAGUGGCGGGAUCACCAUGGCUGCCCGCAUGAAGAGGAGAGUGGGUGCAGAGAACGUGGCUGUUGUCGAGCCCAGUGAGAGACAUUUCUACCAGCCAAUCUGGACGCUGGUGGGUGCAGGUGCCAAACAGUUAUCCUUGUCAGGCCGUCCCACUGCGAGUGUGAUACCAUCUGGAGUAGAAUGGAUCAAAGCCAGAGUGAUUGAGCUGAACCCGGACAAGAACUGCAUCCACACGGACAAUGGCAAGGAGAUCUCCUACAAAUAUCUUAUUAUUGCUCUUGGAAUCCAGCUGGACUAUGAGAAGAUUAAAGGCUUACCUGAAGGUUUUGAGCAUCCCAAAAUCGGGUCCAAUUAUUCGGUGAAGACAGUAGAGAAGACGUGGAAAGCUUUGCAGGACUUCAAGGAGGGCAAUGCUAUCUUCACCUUCCCGAAUACCCCUGUAAAGUGUGCUGGGGCCCCCCAGAAGAUCAUGUAUUUGUCAGAAGCCUAUUUCAGGAAGACGGGGAAGCGAUCCAAGGCCAAUAUCCUCUUCAACACUUCCCUCGGAGCAAUUUUUGGGGUUAAGAAGUACGCUGCUGCACUGCAGGAGAUCAUCCAGGAGAGGGACAUCACUGUUAACUACAAGCAAAACCUCAUCGAAGUCCGAGCCGAUAGACAAGAGGCCGUUUUUGAGAAUCUGGACAAACCUGGAGAGACCCAAGUGAUUUCAUAUGAAAUGCUUCACGUGACCCCACCAAUGAGCCCGCCAGAUGUCCUCAAGACAAGUCCCGUGGCUGACGCUGCUGGUUGGGUGGAUGUGGAUAAAGAAACUCUGCAGCACAAGAAAUACCCAAAUGUGUUUGGGAUUGGGGACUGCACUAACCUUCCCACAUCAAAGACUGCUGCUGCAGUAGCUGCCCAGUCAGGAAUACUGGACAGAACAAUUUCUCUGGUUAUGAAGAGUCAAACACCAACAAAGAAGUAUGAUGGCUACACCUCGUGUCCACUGGUGACUGGCUACAACCGUGUGAUUCUUGCGGAGUUUGACUACAACGCUCAGCCGCUGGAAACCUUCCCCUUUGACCAGAGCAAAGAGCGACUUUCCAUGUACCUCAUGAAGGCCGACCUGAUGCCUUUCCUGUAUUGGAACAUGAUGCUAAGGGGUUAUUGGGGCGGACCAGCCAUUCUGCGGAAGUUGUUCCAUCUGGGUAUGAGUUAAGGAUGGCUCAACCCUUGCUCUCCUUGGAUGGCUUCUGAACCCGAAUCACAGUCAUUGAUUGACCAAGAGCAGCAUGAAGAACUUAAAACCUAACUCUGUGCAAAGAGUUUACUGCUGGGUGAUGGUGACCAAAUGCCUCCUUUUUCAGUGCCUCUGGACAGCUACCAUGUGAUAUGGCCAGGAUGAGUUUGAUUCUUCAGAAAUAUUCAAAUGAAAGAUUAGAUUUCUAUUUUUUAAAUAAAAGCUUGCCAUUGAUUGAGA